AUGAACACAGUUCUCAGCCCAGCAGAGUCUCAGAUGGAGGAGAGUCCUGCUCAGAGAAGAGGCAGCAGAGCCUAUCAGAUCUUCCCUGAAACCGACCUGAGCGAAGAGUCGGACUACCCCGAGGACUUCCAGUACAGGAGGGAGCGUCUUCCCUCCAUCGUGGUGGAGCCCACGGAGCUCAGCGAGCAGGAGAGCGGCGAGCUGAGCUGGCCGCCCGGCGGCCCGGCGGGCCGCGGCGUGGAGGACGAGGAGGAGGACAGCAGCUCCGUCCACACAGAGGGCUCUGUGGACGGAGAGCGGCAGGACGACAUGGAUGAAGGGUCUGUCAUGCGGAAGUCCUCCAUCGGCCCGUCUCAGAGCCAGCUGUCCCUCUUCCGCCUGACCCCCCCGGCCUCCCCCACCCCUCCGGAGGCUGCCCCGCCCUGCCUGAGGAGCUGA